GAUGACAUAUUUUCAUUUAAGGAUUUUUCACCUGUGCACCUGACCCGACGGCUAUUUCCACCGGCUAAGAUCGCACCUGGGCUUUAAAGCAUCCACCUCCCUAUUAUUAUUUUUAUUUUUUUUUGUCUUCUUCUUCUUCGCAAGCUGCAUCUCUGGAACGGGAAGCAACCGUGUCACCGGAGAACACAAGAACAGAGCGAUCGUUUGCUUUUAAGGACAAUCAGACGUAUUUCCCCAAGCAGCAACGUAGCUACCGGCAACAGAAGCUGAUCGGCUCGGCUCGGAGCAUUAACCUUGCAGCUGAGAAAUAUAUAUAUAUAUAUAUAAAAAAACAGAAGAGAUUGGGGGAGACGAAGCUGUUAGCUGGAGGGACUGAACGGAUUAAGGGAAUGUGGAUAUUGGCUAUCUUCUUGUUCCAGAGCAUCUUGAAUGUUUCCAGUGAAGAUCUACAUUCCAGCCUAUAUUUUAUCAAUGCAUCUUUGCAAGAGGUAGUAUUUGCAAGCACCACGGGGACACUGGUGCCCUGUCCGGCAGGAGGGAUCCCCCCUGUGACGCUCAGAUGGUACCUAGCAACGGGCGAGGAGAUCUAUGAUGUCCCCGGGAUCCGCCACGUCCACCCCAAUGGCACUCUCCAAAUUUUCCCCUUCCCUCCUUCAAGCUUUAAUAACUUAAUCCACGAUAAUACUUACUAUUGCACAGCUGAAAAUCCUUCAGGGAAAAUCAGGAGCCAAGAUGUCCACAUCAAGGCCGUUUUACGGGAAGCUUACACGGUCCGUGUGGAAGACCAGAAAGCCAUGAGAGGCAAUGCAGUAGUUUUCAAGUGCAUUAUUUCCUCCCCCGUGGAGGCCUAUGUCUCAUGGGAGAAAGACACAGUCUCACUCGUCUCAGGUAAGUGACUGCUUUCUUCCUUUCUUCUGAGGGUUUAUAUACCUAAUGGACAAAUAAAUUGCUUUUAUGAAAAAUAAAAUGACCAGAUGUGACGUUUCCUACGUAUCGCCCUUCACUGGCUGAUGCUGUUGGAAAUGCUGCAUCGUGUGAUUAAUCCCUUGCGGUUCCUCCGGGUUCUUUUCAAAGGUCACUGAUGUUCCCGGUAACGACUAUUCCGUUCUCUAUUUCUGCUGAGUGUCUUCUUUUUUUUUUCCCCCCAUGGUUUUAAAAUGUUUUCUUAUGCUAAUAAAACGUGAAUAACGAUAAUUGUUACACGGAAAUUGGAAAAUACCCAAGGAUCUUGACAUUUGAAGAACGGGCAUAACGUUAUUUACCAUGACAAUUCUUGCGAUAAUGCGAUAUACAUUUUAAUAGUUAUG